AUAUGUUUACGACAUUUCACAAAGAGGGGCUUAUCAAAAUAAAAAGUGGGGUUACCACGAUUUAAAGUGAUUCCUCAAAAAACAACGGCGUAUAUCUAUACAACAAAUUCUAACAAAUUAUAAACAAUGACAAGUGUGGAAACUCCUGUUCCUGAACAUUGUCCGGGAACCCAGAGCGAAAAUGCCGGAAAAGCGUCUGCUUGUGCAGGUUGUCCGAACCAGCAGAUUUGCUCGUCGGGACCCAAAGGACCGGACCCCGGAAUACAACUGGUGAAGGAACGAUUGGGAAGUGUUAAAAAUAAAAUACUGAUUCUGUCUGGAAAAGGUGGUGUUGGAAAGAGCACAGUUACCGCCUUACUAAGUAGAACUUUGGCAGCCAAAGAUACAGAUAAAAAUGUUGCUGUCUUGGACAUAGACAUUUGUGGCCCUUCCCAACCUAGGGUUUUGGGAGUCUUGGAUGAACAGGUGCAUCAAUCAGGUUCUGGCUGGUCCCCUGUGUACGUCGACGAUAAUUUGUCUGUAAUGUCGAUUGGAUUUUUGUUGGCGUCUCCAGAUGAUGCAAUUAUAUGGAGGGGUCCCAAAAAAAAUGGAAUGAUUAAGCAGUUUUUGAGCGAGGUCGACUGGGGAAACUUAGAUUAUUUGUUAAUGGACACACCACCAGGAACUUCAGAUGAACAUCUCUCUGCCACAACUUAUCUAUCAGAAGCGGGCUUAACGGGGGCUAUUAUUGUCACUACGCCUCAGGAGGUUGCCCUGUUGGAUGUCAGGAAAGAGAUUGAUUUCUGCAAAAAAGUUAAGAUUAAUAUCAUCGGAGUUGUGGAGAAUAUGUCCAUUUUUGUAUGUCCUUGCUGUCAGCGACAAUCUGAAAUUUUCCCCGCCACAACUGGGGGUGCUAAACAGAUGUGUCAAGAUUUAGAUGUUCCAUACUUGGGAAGUCUUCCUUUGGAUCCCAAAAUUGCGAGAUGUUGUGAUGAGGGCAAAGAUUUUAUCACAGAAUUACCCAACUCCCCUGCUGUUCAAUCUUUGAAUGGCAUUGUUACAAAAAUUAUAGAAGCUUGUGAUAAAUCCUGUUGAAGAUAUUCCAUAGUUUAAUAAGAUUGUAUUUUUUAUCAAAUAAAUUUUUAAUAAUUGUU